AUGCCCGCAGUGGCAGCCCUCGUGGAGCUCAACCAUCACGUGCUCGGUUACGUCAAGUCGAUGGCGCUCAAGUGCGCGGUCGAUCUCGGCGUCCCCGGCGCCAUCCACCGCCGCGGCGGCGCCGCCUCUCUCGCCGACAUCGCGGCCGACACCGCCGUGCACCCGAGCAAGCUCGCGGACCUCCAGCGCCUCAUGGAGAUGCUCAGCACGACCGGCAUCUUCAGCAGCACUAUUGGGGCUGCAGACAUUAAUGGAGACGGCGGCGGCGGCGGCGGCGCUGUUGCGUACAGGCUCACCGCAGCAAGCCGCGUCCUCGUUGGCUCGCGCAGCCUGUCCCCCGAGGUUCAGUUCGUCGUAUGCCCUCACCUCGUCUCGUCCUUCUUCAGCUUGCGCGACUGGCUCACGGCCCCGCCGUCGCUGGCGGCCUCCGGGUCGUCGUCGUCCCUGUUCGAGGUGGCACACGGCUGCUCCCAGUGGGAGAUGGCGGCCAAGGACUCCACGCUGAACAGCGUCCUCAAUGCCGCCAUGGCCGCGGAAAGCCAGAUCUUCCUCGAGGCCGUCGUUGCGGGCAAGGGCAGGCACGUGUUCGGCGGGCUGAGCUCGCUCGUCGACGUCGGUGGUGGCUAUGGCGCGGCCACGGAGGUGAUCGCCCGGGAGUUCCCGCACAUCAAGUGCACCGUCCUGGACCUUCCUCACGUGGUCAGCCAGGCGCCCGUCACCGGUGAUGGUAAAGUGCACUUCGUCGCCGGCGACAUGUUUGAGUCCGUUCCACGAGCAGAUGCUGUUGUACUCAAGAACAUUUUGCACGACUGGAGUGACGACGACUGUGUGAAGAUACUUCAACGCUGCAAGGAAGCCAUUCCCGGGAGAAACGCUGGAGGAAAGGUGAUAAUCAUGGACAUGGUGAGAGGAUCAGGGCCGCGGGAUAAAGGCAUCAGCGAGAUGGAAGCCACACGGAAUCUGUUCAUGAUGCAUAUCAAUGGAAUGGAACGGGAUGAACACGAGUGGAAAAAGAUCUUUUGUGCUGCUGGAUUUAGUAACGAUUGCCAAAUCAUACCGGUUCUGGGCCCUUUCGCCGUAAUCGAGAUCUACUCAUGA